AUGGCCUUUACCCAACUACGAUCGUCACUCUCCUCCACGCUCGGGCAGUGGCUGCUCCUGGCAGCACUGGGUGUAGGCUCCGGCCUCGGCUCUGUGGGCGCCUACAGCUCGGGCGACCUGCUAGCCUGGUUGCAGCAGAGCAAUUUUGGCUAUCAAGUCCUUCGUCAAGCCAUCAGCGAGAACAGCACAAGCGGCUCCGAGGCAGCCUGCCUGGAGGAAGUGCGUCUCCUGCUUUUGGCGGCAGAGGCCAAAGCCCUUCCUGCUCUGCGUGUCCUGGACUCUUGGGGAAAGUUUCCGCACGGCCUGCUGUAUGGCCACUUUAUGGACAUGGGCAACUAUGAGUCCUGCCUGAGCAAGGGCCCAAUCGGCAGCGGAAUCACCAAGUACUGCCUGACGAGCAUUCAGUUCGAGAGUCUGCUGCUGGAGUCGGUGGGUGGGUCGGAUACCCUAACAUUGGGUAUUGGCACCUGUAUUCCAGCCGCCUGCAGCGCUUCCCAGCUCAACAGCUGGAUCAACGACUACCUCCAGAAGAUGUUCGGCCAAAAUCCGGACUUGUAUACGGGAAUCACACUGGUUCACGAACAAAACUGCGCUGUAGCUGAGGGCGAGCGCAUGACCGGACUGGACUGGUUCGCUGUUGCUGUUCUUGUCCUCUUGACGGCUCUGGUUUUCCUAGCCACCCUCCUAGACCGUGCUAAAGCUUCCAACAAACUGCUGAGCUCCUUCUCGCUGCGACAGAACCUACCCCAGCUGUGGAAGAUCUCAAGCACGGUAUCGCAGCAUGUGAUACCAUGCCUUCACGGCAUUCGCUGCCUGACGAUAAUCUGGAUUAUACUCGGCCAUGGAUACAUGUUCCUGCUGCUGGCGCCCAAUGUGAACGCGUACGAAAUCAUUGCCUGGGCCCAGACUCCCUACUCCAUGGUGCUGCAGAGCGGUACCAUCUCGGUGGACACGUUCUUUCUGCUCAGCGGCCUGCUGCUGGUGAUGAGCACCUUACGAGAGCUGGAGAGAACAUCAGGACGGCUUCAUGUUCCGCUUAUGUACCUCCACCGUGUGGUGCGUCUGACCCCCGUCCUGGCUUUGGCAGUCCUCUUCUUCAUGACGCUCUUUCCACGCCUGGAUAGCGGACCACUCUGGAAACAGUUCACAGCCUCCUCGCAGCUCUGCAGUGACACCUGGUGGGCCACUUUGCUCUACGUGCAGAACUACGCCGCUCCUGGACGGAUGUGCCUAGGCCACUCCUGGUAUUUAGCCGUCGACAUGCAGCUAUACGUCAUUUCGCCCCUCCUCCUGAUCGCGCUCUACAAGUGGGGUAGAAAGGCUGCCGGCGCUAUCAUUCUGCUCAUCCUUCUGCUUUUCGCCUGCCUCUUCAGCAUUAUCAUGCUGAACGAGCUGCAGGUCUUUAGCCGCAACGGCAACCUGGGGGAGGACAGUCCGCAGAUGCGACUUAUUUACUAUACGACACAUGCCCGGGCCAUGCCCUGGCUGAUCGGUCUGCUCUUCGGCUACUAUCUGCACAGCCAGGGCGGUCGCCGGCAUCGCCUCUCCAAGUGGCUGGCAUUGGUGUUAUGGAUACUUGCUCUCAGUCUGCUUGCGACUGUGAUCUUUGCCGUCUAUCCGUACACGCAGUCCGGUGCGAACGAGAUCUCACCGCUGGCUGGCGCCUUCUAUCUGUGCUGCGGCCGCAUCGCGUGGCCCCUGAGUCUGUGCUGGCUUAUAUGGGCGUGCCAGAAUGGGGUGGCGCCCGUCGUUAACAGCCUGCUCAGCUGGUCCUUCUGGCAGCCCCUUUCCAGGCUAUCCUACUGCCUGUACAUCUGGCACCUGAUGGUGGAGACGGUCAACGUGGCACGCAGCAAGACAAGUCUGCAUUUUUCCAACUACGACGCAAUCCUUCGUUUCUGGUCGGACUUUGGUAUAACGUUGUGCGUCUCCACAUUGAUGUAUCUGUUCGUUGAGGCGCCGGUGGCUCGACUCGAGACCCAAUUGCUGAGGAAGCGUCCAAGGCAGGAGACGAGGUCCCCGAACACCGGUAUUGAUGCAUCCCCCUCGCCAGAUACUGCACCACCGACAAGUAUUUCACGGCAGAACCUAGUCGUUCCUUGAGAGAGCUAUCCUAUUGUCUAAUUUUACGACUCG